AUGAGUACCAGUGUACUGUACGAAGCAUGUCGAACUGGUGAUAUUCAAACUGUAGAACAGCUACUUUCUGAAUUAUCAGUACAUGAAGUCAAUCGAGUUCAAUUCAAUGGCAGUACUUGUCUCCACAUUGCAUCUAGCUGUAAUCAUCCUGAAAUCGUGAAACUUCUACUCGAUCAUGGUGCUAUGCGAUCGACUCUUGACAAAGAUGGGCAUACUGCAGUCGAUGUAGCCGCCUCGGAAGAGAUUACACAGCUUUUUCCGCGUGCAUCUGCUAAUACACAAGCACGCCUUCAGGAAAACAUUCCACCUGAGCAAACUUUCGAAUGGAUCUCCGCUGAAAAUGGGCAGUACGGCUGGUGGUACAAGAGUCGCAUAGCGAACGAUGACGUAUCUCUUGCUGUUAUUCGUAUCAUGGAAGACGCCAGAUUUUCAGAUGCUACCAAUAAAGUUACAAUGGAAUAUUUCCUUAAUCGAGCACGAAAGACACAAGAUCCAAAAUGGUUAAUACAAGCGUAUACAGCUGAGACAGGAUUAUAUCAGAUAAUCAACAAAGCAUUCGCGCAAACAGUUUCGAAUAGAGAACAUUUCGAUGUGAAAAAUGAUUUUCGUGCAUUUGCAGGUGUUUUAGCUCGUCAUGGUGCUCUGAAACCAUAUCGAUAUGUAGGUAAAUGUUAUCGUGGCGUGAAAUUGUCCAUUGAAGAUUUUAAAACGAAUUACAAAGUUGAUCGCAAACUCUUAGUUAAACCAUUUAUGUCAACGUCAAAAUCACGUGCGAUAGCUGAACAUUUUGCCACAUUUACGCACGAUAAUAUGCGACCUUUACCCGUUUUAUUUAUCUACACAGUUCCCAAGUAUACUUUACAAUUCGACGAUAAUGUAGCUCUAGAUGUUUCUCCAAUGUCGGAAUAUCCGCAUGAAGAAGAAGUUCUUAUUUUACCGUAUACUUCAUUGGUCAUUACUGCUAUUAAUCAUCUUCCAUCAGGAUUAAUUGAAGUCGAAUUUGAUUGGUAUAGUUUCCGGCGUCGUUUCGAGCGUAGAAAGAAAACAGAUAAUGUUUAA